AUGCACAAGCACUUGAGCCUACUACGACUAUCUGGAGCCAGCCAUGCACGAUACGCUUCGACGAGCGCCGGUCCUUACCCUUUCCCCGCCCACGCACACCCGACCCCACACCAGAUAUUCCACCUUCCGUUGGGAGCAAGCCAAAAGGAGAUCAAGGCACGUUACUAUGAUUUGGUGCGGGUACACCACCCAGACGCCCCUUGCGUGCGGGACCUAUCCCCGGCCAUACGGCGGUCACGGUUCCAAGCUAUAACAGCGGCAUACGACAUUUUACGAGGAAAGAAAAGUGGAAGCUUCGGUGGCACGGGCGAUAUCUACCGAGACGAGCUGCUACGGAGGAAGCGUGCAUGGGCUGCACACGAGCAGUCCCGUCGUCGGUCGGGGCCUCUGUGGGAGGAGACACCAGCGCGCGGGUGGACAGCGAGCGCGGAUGAUAGAUGGAAGGACAGGGUCAUUCUGUUCGUUGGUAUCCUGGCUCUCGGGGCGGGACUGGGACCCGCAUUGAUCUGGCCGUCGUACACUGCGUCCCAACAGGCUCAUCUAUCUGCAUCGAGGAACCUCGCACAGGCGAGGAAGGAGGCACGCGAGUUUGGCGAGGAACGACGGAAAGAGAUCAAUCGAAGGGUGCAGGAGUAUAAGGAGAAGCAGGCGAAGGAACGACCGCCGGAAGAAGUCAUGUCUUCGUCAACCAGCUAA